GGUAGAUGACCACUGGGGGCCAAAUUCAUUACUCUAAUAAUUCUUGUCUUUGCUCUCUCACCUCAGAUAACCCCAGACACCAUCUCUUGCACCUACCACACUGUUUCCAAUCUUUCUUCUCUGAACAAAAAAAAAUCCAAUUUUGAACCAAGAAAACUAUGGAUCUGCCACCAGAAGAGCUUCAACACUUAAGCUUACCAUCAAUUUUGAAGGAAUCAAUUGCCAUACCAAAGAGAUCUCCACAAACUUUUUACCGUAUUACUCUCAGCUUAAUCUUGCCGCUCUCUUUUGCUAUCUUGGCUCAUUCCCUUUUCUCUCAUCCAAUUCUUGAUCAGCUCCAUGAAAACCCAAAAUCCUCUCACGCUUCUCAAUGGACCAAACUCCUCUUCUUCCAAUUCUGCUACUUGGUUUUCCUCUUGGCUUUUUCUCUCCUUUCAACUGCUGCUGUUGUUUUCACUGUCGCCUCACUUUACACUUCAAAGCAAGUAUCUUUCUCCUCUAUAAUCACUGCUAUUCCUAGCAUCUUACGACGUCUGUUCAUAACUUUCAUAUGGGUUUUACUCUCUAUGCUUGUUUACAACGCUGUUUUGUCCUUUUUCAUUGUGCUCAUGUUAAUUGUCUUUGAGAGCAAGAACAGUGUAACUCUGUUUCUCAUCUCUGUUUUUGUGCUCUCUGUUUUGUUCCUCAUAGUGCAUGUUUAUUUAAGUGCCUUAUGGCAUCUUGCUAGUGUUGUUACUGUUCUUGAACCAAUCCAAGGGGUUACUGCUUUAAAGAAAAGUUAUGAAUUAUUAAAGGGAAAGAUGAGGAUUGCAGCUGUAAUGGUUUUAGGGUAUUUGGUGAUUUUUGGUCUAAUUAGCAGUGGUUUUAGUGCAAUUGUUGUAGAUGGUGGUGCACAUGAGGAACAUGAGGCUGGUUACAGUCUAUUUGCUAGGAUUUUGAUUGGAGGGAUCUUGAUUGGUGUUCUUGUGGUUGUGAUUUUGGUGGGGCUUUUGGUUCAAAGCUUGUUUUACUAUGUGUGUAAGAGUUAUCAUAAUGAAAGGAUUGAUAAGAGUGCUUUGUAUAGUCAUCUUGGUGGGUAUUUGGGUGAGUAUUAUGAGCCUCUCAAAGGGAACAUGCAAAUUGAUGAUAGCUUGGAGGUGGAGAUGAAAGGUGGAGAAACUGCUUGAUUUAUGAGUUUGUCAUGGUGUUGAGAUAGAGCAUAUUUAAUAAGUUUCAGCACUUCUUUUUCUUGCAUCUUUAAUCUUAUGUGUUUUGUAAUGAAAUGAAGAAGAAGUAAAAUUUGUAUAAUGAGACACUAUCCGUGUAUAUAGCUUAAAUUGAGAGUUUUGUUUGUGUUCUUUCA